AUGUAUGGUCCGGGAAUCAAGUUCCUUAUCGAUCUCUCGGCAAGGCUAUCGAACUUCCGCUUUCUGAAAAGAAAGUCACUAGCGCUUGGUGCUCUAGCCCGACGUGGUUCCACAAUGGAAGGCACUAUAACCAACCUCCUCCCGAACUUCCAACAACAUCGAAAAUCCAUCGCGGUAGGUUCGCUCGGUAGACGAGGUUCCGCUAUGGAAGGAGCUGGAGAGAUACUGCCAAUGAAAAGAGGAAGUGUGGUCGUGGCGCCCCAUUCCCAUCGAAGGCAGUCGGGUGUCGCGGUCGCAGCCGGUUCCUCGGUUCGACGUCUGAGCGUUCAGCCAAACGACGAUGCUGUGCAUCUCUUUAUUCGAGAUAAACGUGAAGACAUGUUCCUGUUCACCAUCACAACGCUCCAAUUUUGUGGUAUUACCGAUGAUCUGUAUCUCAUUAUUUCCGAACUCAACUGUAUCAAAUCGGCUUUUGAUGCUGAAGAUGCAUUACAGAUGUGGGCGGGGCGCGAAGUGGUGGGGCCUCACUCAUUUCAGUGUAGCCUUUUGACCGGUUCACCCAACAUGAACCUUCAAGUCGGUAGUGAAGUUGAGAAAAAAUGGAAAAACAAUGAAAGUUGUCCUGGUAAGGAAAAGGGCAGCAGUUUGAGCUGGCACUCAAGUAAAAGGUGA